AUGUGGAGCUUUGCCUCAAAUCUCAUUGGCAACAUAGGUCUAAAGAAAGACCACCCACCUCAACAACCCUCUUCAGAUUCCUCAGACGACGACGACGAGGUCUCAAACGUUAGCAGAGACGACGAAGAAGGACAAGGACUAGACUGUCCCAUUUGCUUUGAAUCAUUCAACAUCGUAGAGAACGUUCCUUAUGUCUUAUGGUGUGGUCACACUCUUUGCCAGAACUGUGUCUUUGCUCUCCAACCUGCUGUCUUAAAACUCUCAAGUCAAGAUAUCAAGAUCCCUUUCUUUGUCUCUUGCCCUUGGUGUCAGUUGUUUUCCUUCAGGAUUGUUUACAAUGGUAUCCUCAAGUUCCCUCGUAAAAACUUCUUCCUUCUUUGGAUGGUUGAGUCUCUCAACGGUGAUAGGACUAGACACGGUGGUGGUGGCACUGGUGAUAACCACCAUUACUGCAACAGCAAUAUGAUUGCAAGGCCUGGUUUUGUUAUGCGUAGUAAUAACCAGUCUCCAGAGCCUUUGCCUCAACCAAGCAGCAGACAGCAGUUCUCAUUUCACAAGUCUCUUGAUUUCUUCAUCUCCUUCACCUCCAAGUUUCCUUUUGUGAUCGUUUUUCUACUGAUUGUGUUCUUUGCUAUACCUGGAAGCCUCAUCAUUCUUGCUCUUUACUUCCUCCUCACGAUUCUUCUAGCGAUUCCUUCUGGUUUGGUGCUGUAUUUUGCGUACCCUGUUCUGGAAAGGUUGGUUAAUGAAAUAACGGCAUGA